AUGUCACACGUGACCUCGUCCUUGGCCGAGGCGGCCACGCCUAUGGACGUGGUUGUCCAGCAGACCAUCGAAUUGCAAAGGGCACCGCCACAACAAGAACCUCGUGUAGAUAUUGCCAAAGGUAUACAGUCGGGAAGUAUACAAGGGCUACAGGAGACUCAGUCGAUGGACAUUCAAUGGUUCACGCCGAUUGCGUCACCCGAAGGUGAACACAUCAAGCAGACGGUGACACAAGCGGUAUGUGGCAGUAGUCUGGUGAUGAACGAUGAAAGCCGUCCGAUUGUGGCAGCAAAUCCCGCAGAUUGUGGCACUAGUCACACAGAGGUGACAACCAAGACGCAAGGUACUCAAAGCGGUUGCGCGAAUGUUGCAGCAGCAGAACCAAGCAUCGUACCAGUGAACGAGGUAGAUGCAAAAGUGACAAGUUUGGAUGUACAGGAAGCGGUACCUCUCGUUUACAAGGCAAAUGCUCAAGUAAAAAACAAGCGAAUCGGACUAUCAAGAGCUGCUGCGACUGCUGCCACUGCGGUGAUGGCGCGGCAAGUGAAGCAGGAAGCAGGAGCCUUGCAGACGCUCAUUUCCUCUCUGUCCGUGCUCGAAAAAGACGAGGAGAUGGACACGGAGCACGGUACAAAGAAGCGGACAACAACCAAAGGAGCUCGGCCAGCUGCUAAACGAUCCCGAGUCGGAGUGUCAAGAAAUACACUGGAGAAGAACAGUGCAAAGCAGUCUCCACCACGGGGCAGGAAGCGACGCCAGGUCUCGGUGUGUGAAGCAGAGCCGACUGAAGCGUCGCCGGUAAUUACGGAUCUCCCACUACUACCAUUCACGAGCUCAAGCUCGAAGCCGGUCAGGAAAGACAAGAGCAGAGUAAGGAGCAAAUCGUCGUGUAAAAACAAGACAAAGACGAAGGACUUGACAAUGGUAAAAGUGGACGACGACGAGGAAGAUCGAUGCUGCGGAUUUUGUGAGAAGGUGGCAAACAUUUGUGUGCUGAUGCAUUGUCACGCCUGUCGUCGCGUGUACCAUGCACAGUGUUUUGUCCAUGCAUUCAAGCCCUACGUUGAUCAAAGUGUGCCCAUCUGGGAUCAGAUGCAACGCCUUCAGCAGGAAGCACCAGAGCAUCGUGGCAACGUUUUCCGCUGUGCGUCGUGUAAAGCUGCAUUUUUGGAUUUCUACGGGAGUGGUGGGUACUUGUGGGACUGUGAUUGUGUGACGUGUUCUCAGCCGGAAAAAGCGCUUCCUUACCGCCAAAGGAAGCUGGUGCAGAUGAUGAACGAGAUGGAGCUAGAGAGGCAGCGCAAAAAGGAGCUGAAAGGUCAGAAGAAGACUGGGACUCCCAGUGCUAGUGAGAAAUCACCAGGUUCGCCAACGCCGAUCCAGUCGAAUGCGACACCACGCAGUCGGCAACGAGGAAGCAGCACCGUAAUCGAUGACCCGAUCGUCUGCUUGCAAAAAUCAAGUCGGUCAUCGUCAGCGACGCGAGAUACGUCGCCAGAAGGCGACAAAUCAAUGGACAUCAAGCCUGUUGAGGAACUCAAACAGUCUGAACUUUCAGGAGAUGAUCUCAUUUGUGCGGUGGAUGUACUGCAAAAUGAAAAGAACGGUGGCUGGUGUUUUUCGGUAGUGUGCUCACGGACGCUGAGCUUUCGACAAGGUGGUAUAGCGAAAACAGGCCAGUGCACGUGGUCUCGGCAGGAGCAGUCAACAAUUCAUUGCCACUGCUGUGACAAGGUUUAUGGGCUUCAUGAGUUUGUAGGCCACACGGACCAUAGUUUGAUCAAGUUCGUACAUGCAAGUAAAGGUCCAAUGUCGUUUUUGUUUGUCGAGCACCGUGACACUGCUGAGUACACUCUACUUGGGGAUUUUCAGCUGGCUCUCAGAAGCUGGCACCGUCAGGAAAGUACGAAGAACUCAUUGGUAAAGUCAUGCCAUAGUAGCGGUGGGAAGCAGGAGGCACCUGCCGUCGCCGAGACGCCUCCUACGCGUCUGGCAAAUGUCGCUGCCACUACGGAUGUGACUCACGCCUCUCUGUCUAGGAUCCGAGCGCUCGCGUUGUUUAAGCGCCCAAAGCACGAAAGCUGUGAGUCUAUAUCCGCAGCGCGUUUGGUUUGUUCCGAAGCGUUAAAUUUCGUGGCCCAGGUCGUCUGUUUGCCACCAAAGUAUGUGAUGAACAUGCAGAACGGUGCUCUUGCUGACCUCGUUGUGCGGUCUCGAACGCCAGCUCCUGAAGACUCGUUUCCUCGGAAAGCAGGCUGGCUGGCUUUUAACCGCAAUCCAGUGUCGGCUCGCCGGAUCGUUUGUUUUUGCUGCAAGCAUGACUUCGGUUUUGACGAGUUUGUAAGACACGCUGGCAUUCCACUUGUUGAGCUCCAGAAAAAACCGAGCCAGCUAUUGUACAUCGUGGAGCGACUGGACAAGUCAGCAUUGGUGCCUUUCAAUACUUUCCUGUCAGAUCUGGAGUAUGUCACGACCAAUGGCGCGGAUUCAUUUCUGGAUGAGCUGCAGCUGCCACCUUCGUCUCCGUUUGCUCUGUAA